CCCGCCCGCCUCGCCGGGCAGCGGCUGCUCCUCUCUCUCUCUCUCUCCUCACCUUCCGCCUGCCGCUCGCUCUUCGCCGGCCGUUGGGUAAAUAAGUCGGGGCCGAGGCCGGGCAAAGGUCGCGCGCGGGGGCCCUUUUCCGAGGAGCGCGCCGGCCGUCGGACCUGCAUCGCCCGCCGGGGCCCGUCUGGAUUCCCACUACUAUCCCCGCCGCCGCCGCCGCCGCCAACACGCAACGCCUGGACGGCCGCUUUUCAGGCUCGCCUUGCAUGCUUCGGAGUUGCCUCCGGACUUUUCCUCGGGGCGCCACAGCGCCGCGCUCGGCUUUGCGCCCUUUCGGCUUAGCGCCUCGCCGGCCAGGACAUGUCGGUGACGGAGCUCUACAGCAAGUAUACAAGAGUUUGGAUUCCUGACCCAGAAGAAGUCUGGAAAUCAGCUGAAAUCAUCAGAGAUUACAAAGAAGGGGAUAAAACUCUCCGCCUGAAACUUGAAGAUGAAACGAUCCUGGAAUAUCCCAUUGAUCCUAAAGAGAAUAAGUUUCCUUUUUUGCGUAAUCCAGAUAUUUUGGUUGGAGAAAAUGACUUGACAGCUUUGAGUUACCUCCACGAACCAGCCGUCUUGCAUAACUUAAAAGUCCGCUUUUUGGAAUCAAAUCACAUCUAUACCUAUUGUGGUAUCGUGCUUGUUGCCAUAAAUCCUUACGAACAAUUGCCAAUUUAUGGACAAGAUGUCAUCUAUGCCUACAGCGGCCAAAACAUGGGUGAUAUGGAUCCUCAUAUUUUUGCAGUUGCAGAAGAAGCAUAUAAGCAAAUGGCCAGGGAUGAGAAGAACCAGUCCAUUAUCGUUAGUGGGGAAUCCGGAGCGGGCAAAACAGUCUCAGCCAAAUACGCCAUGCGGUUCUUUGCAUCAGUGGGAGGCUCCUCCAGCGAAUCCAAUAUUGAAGAGAAGGUCCUGGCUUCCAGUCCUAUCAUGGAGGCAAUUGGUAAUGCAAAAACAACCCGGAAUGACAACAGCAGCCGUUUUGGGAAAUACAUUCAGAUUGGCUUUGAUAAAAGAUACCGUAUCAUUGGUGCCAACAUGAGGACGUACCUGCUUGAGAAAUCAAGAGUUGUAUUCCAGGCCGCUGAUGAACGAAACUAUCACAUUUUCUAUCAGCUGUGUGCCUCUGCUAGUCUUCCAGAACUGAAGGACCUCUCACUAUUGGAUGCCAAAGAUUUUUUCUACACAUCUUUGGGAGGAGACACCUCCCUUGAAGGAGUUGAUGAUGCAGAAGAUUUUGAGAAAACAAGGCAAGCUUUCACCCUGCUUGGAGUAAAGGAGUCCUAUCAGAUGACCAUUUUUAAAAUACUCGCUGCCGUCCUGCACCUUGGGAAUGUGGAUUUUCGUUCUGAACGCGAUGGAGAAUCCUGCAGUAUAACGAACCAAGAUGAACACCUGCAUCAUUUUUGCAGAUUACUGGGAGUGGAACAUAGCCAGUUGGAACACUGGCUUUGCCAUCGGAAGCUGGUCACCACUUCGGAAACCUACACCAAGAAUAUGUCCCUCCAACAAGCCGUCAACGCCAGGAAUGCGCUGGCCAAGCACAUCUACGCUCAGCUGUUCAACUGGAUUGUGCAGCAUAUCAACAAGGCCUUGUACACGACAGUCAAGCAGCAUUCCUUCAUCGGUGUGCUGGACAUUUAUGGGUUUGAAACCUUUGAAUAUAAUAGCUUUGAACAAUUCUGCAUCAAUUACGCCAACGAAAAAUUACAGCAGCAGUUCAAUUUGCAUGUCUUUAAAUUGGAGCAAGAUGAAUACAUGAAAGAGGAAAUUCCCUGGACCCUCAUUGAUUUUUAUGACAAUCAGCCAUGCAUAGACCUAAUAGAAGCUAAACUGGGUAUCCUGGACUUGCUGGAUGAAGAAUGUAAGGUCCCUAAAGGAACAGACGAGAACUGGGCUCAGAAACUCUAUGAUCGCCACGGGAACAGUCAACAUUUCCAGAAGCCUCGCAUGUCAAACAUGGCAUUCAUUAUUGUGCACUUUGCAGAUAAGGUGGAAUAUUAUUGUGAAGGCUUUUUGGAAAAAAAUAGAGAUACAGUCCACGAAGAACAGAUCAAUAUUCUGAAGGCCAGCAAGUACCCAGUGAUUGUGGAGUUGUUCCAUGAUGAAAAAGACUCUGCUCCAGCUGCUCCGUCUGGAAAGAAAACUUCCUCCAAAAUCAAUAUCCGCUCGGCCCGUCCAACUGUAAAAGCAGCCAAUAAGGAACACAAGAAAACAGUAGGGCACCAGUUUCGUAAUUCAUUGCACCUGUUAAUGGAGACCCUGAAUGCUACCACUCCUCAUUAUGUUCGGUGUAUCAAGCCCAACGAUGAGAAGCUGCCUUUCACCUUUGAUCCGAAGAGAGCAGUGCAACAACUAAGAGCUUGUGGAGUGUUGGAGACCAUCCGUAUCAGUGCAGCGGGCUACCCAUCCAGGUGGACCUAUCAUGACUUCUUGAAUCGGUAUCGAGUGCUUAUGAAAGACAAAAGUAUUUCGAAAAAGAAAGACAAGACACUGAUUUGUAAAAUAUUAUUGGAAAGCCUAAUUAAGGAUCCUGACCAGUUUCAGUUUGGACGUACAAAGAUUUUUUUCCGUGCUGGCCAGGUGGCCUACUUGGAAAAAUUGCGGGCAGAUAAGUUCCGGAGUGCCACCAUCAUGAUACAGAAGACCGUGCGUGGCUGGAUGCAGAGGAGAAAGUACAGGAAAACCAGGGAGGCAGCUUUAAUUAUCCAGAGGUUCACCCGAGGAUAUCUGGCACGCAGAUUGGCGGAUCAUCUAAGGAAAACAAGAGCUGCCAUUAUUUUCCAGAAACAAUAUCGAAUGUUAAGGAUACGCCGGGCCUACCAAGCCAUCCGCCAAGCAGCUAUCACGAUCCAGUCCUUCACCCGAGGAAUGUUCGUUAGAAAGAACUAUCAAAAGAUACUUAUGGAGUACAAGGCCAUCAUCCUCCAGAAACACACUCGAGCUUGGCUGGCUAGGAAGAAUUUAUCCAAGUUCAGAUGUGCGGCUGUGAUUAUCCAGUGCUAUUUCAGGCGCAUGAAAGCCAAACAAGAGCUGAAAGCUCUGAAGAUCGAGGCCCGGUCAGCCGAGCACUUGAAGAGGCUCAACAUUGGCAUGGAGAACAAAGUUGUGCAACUACAGAGAAAGAUAGAUGAACAGAACAAAGAAUACAAAUCUCUCAGCGAGCAGCUCUCCACAGCAGCCUCUGCUCAUUGCACAGAGAUUGAAAAGCUGAAGAAGGAACUGGAACGCCAUCAGCAGAAGAAGGGAGACAGGAAUCAGCUCGUGAGCUUGCAGGAAGAAAUUGAUUCUCUCCGGCUGGCCCUGGAGAAGGCUCACGGGGAGCGGAAGAUUGUCGAAGAUACAUAUGCCAAGGAGAAACAGGUGCUCCAAAAGAGGAUAUCCGACUUGGAAGAAGAGAAUGUCCUUCUGAAGGAAGAAAAAGAGGCACUGAACAACAAGAUAUUGGGUCAGUCAGAAGAUGAAUUUGCCAAAAAUGCAGUUGAAGAAAACCUGAUGAAGAAGGAGCUUGAUGAGGAGAGGGUCCGUUACCAGAAUCUUGUCCAGGAAUAUUCACGGCUGGAGCAGAGAUUUGAGAAUCUGAGUGAUGAGAUGACUCUCAUCAAGCAAAGCCCAGGACACAGAAGAAACCCAUCAAACCAGAGCAGCUUGGAAUCGGAUUCCAACUACCCAUCCAUUUCUACAUCUGAGAUAGGCGAUACGGAGGAUGCAAUACAGCAGAUAGAGGAAGUGGGCUUGGAGAAGGCAGCCAUGGACAUGAGCCUCUUCCUAAAACUUCAGAAGAGAGUGCGGGAACUUGAACAGGAGAGAAGAAAGUUGAAGACUCAGCUGGAAAAGAAAGAGAAUGAAAGCAAGAAACCCCAGGUAAUUGAAACGAAGAAUGAAAUGGAUUUGGACCGAGAUACAGAUCUCGCAUACAACAGUCUGAAGAGGCAAGAGUUAGAAUCUGAGAACAAGAAACUGAAAAAUGACCUAAACGAACUCAGGAAGGCUGUUGUGGAUGGCGUGGUCCGAAACAAUUCUUCCAAUGACGUUCAUGACACCUACAACCUACUCCUGAAUCAGCUCAAGUCAGCUAGUGAAGAGCUGGAAGUACGGAAGGAUGAGGUGCUCAUUCUCCGGACCCAGAUUAUAAGAGCAGCCCAGCAAAAAGACGCGGGCAGAAAUAUGGAAUCAAACCUCAAGACGCAAACCAGCUGGCCCAAUAGCGACAAACAUGUGGAUCCAGAAGAUGCAAUUGAGGCCUAUCAUGGAAUGUGUCAAACUAAUCGGCUCCUUGAGGCUCAGCUCCAGGAACAGAGAAGGGAAUACGAAGAAGAAAUAGAAGUCCUAAAGGACCAGAUGGAGACAUUGAAGGAAGCCAUGGAGAAACAACACGAAGUCUUCCUCCAGACGCUUCAGCUGUCCCCAGAAGCCCAAGUGGAGUUUGGUAUCCAGCAGGAAAUCUCGCGGCUGUCCAGCGAAAACCUGGACCUGAAAGAGAUGUUGGAAAAGCUGGAAAAGAAUGAGAAGAAGCUGAAGAAGCAGCUCAGGAUUUAUAUGAAGAAAGUGCAAGAAUACGAAGCUGAUCAAGCCAUUACACACUCUGAAAAGCGGAAACACGAAAUCAGCCGGCAAGUCGCCGUGCAAAGGAAGGAAAAAGACUUCCAGGGAAUGUUAGAAUAUUGCGAAGAGGAUGAAUCUUCACUCAUGAAAAAUCUCAUUACAGAUCUGAAGCCCCAAACAGUAUCUGCCACUGUGCCCUGCUUGCCUGCCUACAUCCUAUUUAUGUGCAUCAGACAUGCUGAUUACAUUAAUGAUGAUCAAAAAGUGCAUUCGUUGCUUACCUCCACUAUUAACAGUGUUAAAAAAGUAUUAAAGAAACAUAAUGAGGAUUUUGAGAUGACGUCAUUCUGGCUGGCCAACACGUGUCGCCUUCUACAUUGUCUGAAGCAAUACAGCGGAGAUACGGGGUUUAUGACCCAAAAUACCCCCAAGCAGAAUGAGCAUUGCCUGAAGAACUUUGACCUCACCGAGUACCGUCAGGUCCUGAGUGAUCUCUCCAUCCAGAUCUACCAGCAACUCAUCAAAAUUGCCGAAGGCGUCUUGCAGCCCAUGAUAGUGACUGCGGUAUUGGAAAAUGAAAGCAUCCAAGGCCUGUCAGGUGUCAAGCCAAUGGGCUAUCGCAAACGAAGCUCCAGCAGAGGGGACAGCGAAAACACCUACAGUUUGGAAGCAAUCAUCCGCCAACUGAACACGUUUUUGAGCAUCAUGUAUGACCAGGGCCUUGACCCAGAGAUCAUCCAACAGGCCAUUAAGCAGCUCUUCUAUAUGAUCAAUGCUGUGGCCUUGAACAACCUCCUGCUGAGGAAGGAUGUAUGUUCUUGGAGCACCGGCAUGCAGAUUAGGUUUAACAUCAGCCAACUGGAGGAAUGGCUGAGAGGGAAGAACCUGCAUUCGAGUGGGGCUGCCAAAACCCUGGAACCACUGAUCCAGGCAGCACAACUCCUGCAGCUGAAAAAGAAAACACCUGAAGAUGCUGAGGCCAUCUGUUCCUUAUGCACAUCCCUCACUACCCAGCAGAUCGUAAAAAUACUAAAUCUUUACACUCCUGUGAACGAGUUUGAAGAGCGAGUGACAGUAAACUUCAUAAGAAACAUACAGGCACAAUUGCAAGAGCGAAAUGAUCCUCCACAGCUUCUGUUAGACUUCAAAUUCAUGUUCCCGGUUUUGUUUCCAUUCACUCCUUCGUCUCUGACCAUGGACUCUAUCCACAUCCCAGCUUCCCUCAACCUGGAAUUCCUUAAUCGAGUUUGAAGACAUAUAUUUUUUUUUUUUUACCCCAAUUUCCCCAAAGCUGGGGGCGGGGGCGGGAAGAAACGAAAAUGUAAAGCUCUUCUAAUAUGGACCAAAUAAUGGUGAAAGAGCCAGUACAUGCCAAUUAAUCAGUGCUAAAUUGUUCAGGAUAAAAAAAUAAUACUUGGGUUAGAUGAUUUUUGGUUUGUAUGAGGGGUUUUUUUUUGUGGGUGGCUGGGUAGAUCUUGAAGUUGAUACUUGAAACACACGAAGGGGUUGAACUGUUUGAUGCCAUGCUAAAGUAUUUUCUCCCACUUGCCAUUAAGGCAAACGCACUGGUUAAGCAGGAUGUAAGCUUUACUUUUGUGAAUUAUGUUUCUCAAGGACUUUUGUGUUGAAAUGAUGAAAAGAAGCCCAGUUCCCCACCCAUUUUCUGAUGGUCCAGGGUGAUAGAGCAGGGGUCUCCAACCUUGGCAACGUUAAAACUCGUGGAUGUCAACUCCCAGAACUUGUCAGCCAGCAUGGCUGGCUGGGGAAUUCUGGGAAUUGAAGUCCACGAGUCUUAAAAGUUGUGUUCCAAGGUGGAGCUUGCUUUAAUCUUAUUUCUUGUUUUUUUUUUAAAAAAAGUUGCUUUAGGUUAAAAUAAAAAAAAAGUGACACAGCUUGAACAGAUGUUGCUGGAGGUGGGAAGAGCAUAAUUUGCAAUUUGUACUGAGGCUGGGGAAUGCUACUUUGCAUAUGAAGCAAGUUAGUCACUGAAAGCUUCAGGAAGACGUGUAAAAUAUGGUUAAAAAAAGACAAUAUGGCGGUACAUACCUAAGAAAGCAGGCCAAACUUCAAUCACACCAUUGUGGCUGCCAUUUUGACUUUUGUUUACCAUGCUUUGUGGAUACCCCUGUCCGUCUUUAACCCAUCAGGUGCCUAUUGAUAAUUUUUCUGUUUCUAUCACUAAGAAUGUGAAGUUGUAGAACCAUAAACCUCUAUGUUUGCUUCAUGCCAAAUUAUAAUUUCACUGUAGGCUGCUACGGAUUCAUUUAGGCCAGUGACAGACAGGGGCCUACUUUGAUUUAAUGGGGAAGAAAACGGUGUACUGGCUACGUUGACUCCGAGACAGAUUCCUUGUCAAGAUAGUUGAAGCCUCCUUUAUGAUCACACUUGGAACUGUGCCAGGACACAGCAGGGAUGCGUUGGCUGUUGUGUGUCAUUGUGCAGUCAAUGUUUCCCCAGCAUUGACAGAACAUUUGCAGGAAAUGGAGUGUCAGGCUGUGUUUCCAAGCUAGUUACAAGGACAAUGUUAGGCACUUUAUAUAGUAUUUGUUAAUAUCUGAACUCCAAGAGAAGCCUUUCAAGAGAAUUAUCAUAGAAACUAAUGCAGAAGACUCUGUCAGCAUGUUUAUGCACAUAACAAUAGGUAAGAAAUGAUCUUUCAUGCAAAAACUAAUCAGCACUUCUUAAAUACUAGAGAGCCCCUUAGUCUCCCUUCCACAUAAAAUCCAAUAAAAUCUUGUGUUUUAAAUAUGAUUUUUUUAAAUUAUGUCCAAAAUCAUACUACCAAACGUUUUUCUCCAAAUUUUAUUUUUUUAAGCGUUGCUCAACUAUUAUUCAGUAGCUAUCAUAGCCAUUAAAGUGGCAUUCAGAUAAAAAGGAGACCAUGGGAAGGGACAAUUAUAUGGAUUAAUAGACAGCCAUAUACAGCAUUCGUUAUUCUGCAAUCUCCUAUAAUUGCACUUCACUAGAUCUACCCAGUAGGGUUACAAGCAAAAAAGAAAUGUGAUUGAAUGACCUUUUUGAACUGUGCCCAGAUGAUCUUGGCAUUCUUCACUCUUGCAAGUUUGGCAGUUAAAUAUUGGACCAGGAAGCUUUUAGCCAGAUGAACCGCAUCCUUUUCAAAAUAAUUUGGUUAUUAUAAAUCAAAUGCCCAACUUACAAAAGACACUCUUCCACUAAUGGAUCAAGUCUAAGACUUUCUGGUCUCGUGAAAAAUAAGCGAAGAACAUGCCCAUUUUUAAGGUCAACAAAACAUCUGCUGUCUAAAAGGGAAGCAUUUUGUGCAUUUGACCAUGGCUUGCGGUAUUGAAUAUCUAAAUAUCUUGAUGCACAGAUGGAUGCAAAGAGGAGCAUCUGCCAUCUAACUUCUCUUAAAUGCUUACACUGCUGCUCCAAAGCUAUCCGUCAUUAAAUUUAGUAUCCAGGGAACCGUUUCUUCAUAAUGCUAAAUUCCUAAAACGACUGCAACCAUGUGGUAAAAUGACAACUGCGGGCACACUGCUUCCACAUCAUUCUGCAAAUUUUAUCGUUUUUUUUUUUCCCCUCCUCGGUCCCUGCGGAAAAAUUCACGCUACCUUUUCCGGUAGUUCUAGUUCUAGUUUUAUCCAAUGAUGCUUUAUUCAAUAGAAGUUUCUCUAUUAUUCAAACUUUAAUGCAAAAAAAAGUUCUCUGGCCGCAUUUGCUUAUUUUUCUUAUGAUUUUCUGCAUUAGUGCAAACAUUGAUUCAUGGAUUUCCCUCCUCAAAUUAAAUUAAUAAAUUU